UCAGGGGGCUGGGCUAAGGCUGCCACAGACAGAGGCAGGAAAUAUCUUACGUGAGAGAGAGAGAGAGAGAGAAUUUGAGUUUAGGGACGUGUUUGUCUUUGCAUGACUGGUUUUGUCUCCACUCUCUGCUCAGACGUGUCGUGUUCCGCCGCUAACUCACUUUGCAAGUAUGCUCCCAUUCCAGCCAGCACCAGGUCAGUUCAGUCCAGAGGUCCGGGAGCCGGGCCUCCGAGUGUGGAGGGUGGAAAAGAUGAAGGCGGUGCUGCUGGAUCCCUCCGAGGUGGGGGCCUUUUAUAACGGGGACUCCUAUCUGGUGCUGGAGAACCGCGGGCAGCUGGGGGCCGACCUCCACAUGUGGAUAGGUGAGAAGUCGUCUCGGGACGAGCAGGUGGCGUGCGCCAUGCUGGCCACCCAGCUGGACAACUUCCUGGGUGGUGACCCCGUUCAGCACAGGCAGGUCCAGGGCUACGAGUCCCAGGAGUUCAUGACACUCUUCCCCCGAGGGGUCAGCUACAAGGAGGGUGGUGUGGAGUCAGGGCUUCAGGAGGCUCAGGGCUCAGGGACGGUGCACAGACUGUACCAGAUCAAAGGGAAACGCAACAUCCGUGCCAAGGAGGUGGAGCUGUCCUGGAGCAGCUUCAACAAGGGAGACUGCUUCAUCCUCGACCUUGGAGAGACGAUUGUGUCGUGGAUCGGAUCUCAAGCCAACAUCUUCGAGAAGCAGAAAGUGCGUGAGAUCGCCUCGCUGAUUCGUGACACGGACAGACACGGAAAAGCCCGAAUCAUGGACUCCAACGAAGGGGAAGAGCCUGAAGAGAUGCUCAAGGUCCUGGGAGCGAUGCCAGCGCUGGCAGAGAGCACGCCAGAGGAGGACAGCAAAGCAGACGCUUCCAACUCUGCCUCACUCUACAAGGUGUCGGAUGCGACAGGUUCCAUGACUAUGACCAAAGUGUCGGAGAAGAGCCUGUUCGCUAAGGAGCUGCUGGUUCGUGAUGACUGCUUCAUCCUGGACAACGGCGCCAACGGAAAGAUCUUCGUCUGGAAAGGUAACGGAGCCAAUGCUGAGGAGAAGAGAGUGGCCUUACAGAUGGCAGAUAACUUCAUUGAACAGAUGAAGUACCCCAGGAUGAAAACACAGGUGGAGAUUCUGCCACAGGGGAAAGAGACCAUCAUCUUCAAACAAUUCUUCAAGAACUGGAACUAAACAUCUCAUGGGAACAUUUGCACUGGAGAAGAAGCUGUAUAUCUGAAAACAGACAGCAUCUCAUACAAGAUAUAUUUCAUUUUUUUAUAUGCAUUUAAUGUAUGUACAUAUUUGUAAGGUAACAUGCUGACCAAGUGUACCGUAGCUUGUUUUGGACUUUGGACUAGAAUCAGAGAUGUGAUGCCACUUUUUUAAAAGUUUCUUCUGCUAACAGAAUAGAGAAAUGAAGAGAUAUAAAAAGAACCUAAAGUAAAUUAGUUAGAUUUUUUUUUUACAUUUGUUCUUGUGUUACAUAUUAAAAAAAUAAACCUGAAACUGCUUGGUACGUGUA